GCUGACUGGUUUUCCGGAAGUGACGCAUGCGCUGAUUUGUGUUUGUUUUCCUGACAGCCGCCGCCGCUUUGAGCUUCAAACUGUCAGACAUCCCUCACAAAUACAGGUCUCCUUCUGACGUAGACAGCGUUCUGUCCAUCAUAAUCAGUUGAUGACUUCAUUGGGGGUCUGAUAGGACGAUCUCUAUCUUUCGAUUCACGACUAUUGUUAUAUGGACCAGUCGGCAAAGUCGUAUAUGUUUGCCAGUCUGACGCGUCCACACUCCGAGCAGCUCCUGCAGGGUCUACAGCUCCUGCGACAGGACCAUGAGCUCUGUGACAUCGUACUGCGAGUGGGUGAUGCCAAGAUUCACGCCCACAAAGUGGUGUUGGCCAGUAUCAGCCCGUAUUUCAAAGCCAUGUUCACGGGAAACCUGUCGGAGAAAGAGACCUCAGAGGUGGAGUUUCAGUGCGUGGACGAAGCCGCUCUUAAGGCCAUCGUGGAGUACGCGUACACGGGAACCGUGUUUAUCUCACAGGAGACGGUGGAGUCUCUGCUCCCCGCCGCGAACCUCCUACAGGUUAAACUGGUGCUGAAAGAGUGUUGCAGCUUUCUGGAGAGUCAGCUGGACGCAGGGAACUGCAUCGGCAUUUCACGGUUCGCAGAAACCUACGGCUGUCACGAUCUCUGUCUGGCAGCCACUAAAUUCAUCUGUCAGAACUUCGAGGAGGUGUGUCAGACGGAGGAGUUCUUCGAACUGACGCGGGCCGAGCUGGACGAGAUCGUGUCAAACGACUGCUUGAACGUGGUGACGGAGGAGACGGUCUUCUACGCGCUGGAGUCGUGGAUCAAAUACGACCCGGCGGAGCGGCAGCAGUAUCUGGCGCAGCUCCUGCACUGCGUGCGACUGCCGCUGCUGAGCGUGAAGUUCCUGACACGACUCUACGAGGCCAAUCACCUGAUCCGUGACGAUCACGCCUGCAAACACCUGCUCAACGAAGCCCUCAAAUAUCACUUUCUGCCCGAGCACCGCCUCUCUUACCAGACCGUGCUGUCCACGCGCCCGCGCUGCGCUCCUAAAGUCCUGCUGGCGGUGGGAGGAAAAGCCGGCCUCUUCGCCACCCUGGAAAGUAUGGAGAUGUACUUCCCACAGACGGACUCGUGGAUCGGUCUGGCUCCUCUUACGGUUCCACGUUAUGAGUUUGGAGUGGCGGUUCUGGACCAGAAGGUUUACGUGGUGGGCGGGAUCGCCACACACAUGCGUCAGGGCAUCAGUUACCGGCGACACGAGAGCAGCGUGGAGAGAUGGGACCCUGACAGUAACACGUGGUCCAGUGUGGAGCGGAUGGCUGAAUGCCGGAGCACUCUGGGUGUGGUGGUGCUGGCCGGGGACCUGUACGCUCUGGGGGGAUAUGACGGUCAGUAUUACCUUCAGUCUGUGGAGAGAUACGUGCCCAAAGUCAAGGAGUGGCAGCCCGUGGCGCCCAUGACCAAAUCGCGCAGCUGUUUCGCCACGGCUGUGCUGGACGGGAUGAUUUACGCCAUCGGAGGCUACGGCCCUGCGCAUAUGAACAGUGUGGAGAGAUACGAUCCAAGCAAAGACUCAUGGGAGAUGGUGGCGUCCAUGGGUGAUAAACGCAUCAACUUUGGAGUGGGCGUGAUGCUGGGCUUCAUUUUCGUCGUGGGGGGGCACAACGGCGUUUCUCAUUUAUCCAGCAUCGAGCGAUUCGACCCGCAUCAGAACCAGUGGACGACGUGUCGGCCGAUGAACGAGCCCCGCACAGGAGUCGGGUCUGCUGUGGUGGAUAACUACCUGUAUGUGGUGGGCGGUCACUCGGGCUCCUCGUACCUGAAUACGGUCCAGCGUUACGAUCCAAUCACGGACAGCUGGCACGACUCUAGCGGGAUGAUGUACUGCCGCUGUAACUUAGGCCUCACUGCCCUUUGACCCCGGGCUCAUGGCUGCCGCUGUACGAGAGAGGACAAGGGGAAACAUGGCUUCUAUUUCUGUGGCGUGUUUCCGCUCAUCUGCGUCACAUUCUGACGUUCACGUGGAGUAUUUAGGACACGCGAGGGCGGCGGGACUGCCACACGCCAGCACGGCGCCGAGAGCCUUCCGGAACCCGCAGAGGACGUGGAACAGCGCGUGCGUGUGUGAGGCGUUCCAGAGCUGCCUCUGAGCACUUUCCCCUUUACGUUUGACAGAUCCAGUCCCGUGUCUGUGUGUGUGUGUGUGUGUGUGUGUGUGUGUGUGUGCGCGCGCGUAUACUCUGUGAUAAAGGGCUGCCUCGUGUCUUGUAUAUAGCGUGAGCUGAUAGUAAAUGUGAACGUGAGCUGUACUCAUCUAACUAAUGCACUGACAUACUGAUGAUGACUGUGUGUGUUGUCUCUGAGAAUCCUCCGUCUCACAUGAAAUAUCUGCCUCAUAUUUCACCCACCGUUCAAGAGAAACAUUCAGAAGUUAUCCAGAAUAAAGAAAAUGAAGCUGAGAUGUUUUGCAUUGUGGUAUUGUGUUCAUGUCAUGUCACAAUGCACAUUUUUGCCCCAAAAUUAUUAUUAUUAUUAACAUAAUUAAUACAAUUAUUCUCAGAUUGUUCUGUAAUUUUAUGAUUUAUAUUUAUUAAUUAACUAUAUAACCGCAAGGGAGUAGGGAUGUAACGAUUCACCGUGAGCCGGCUGAAAAUCGGUUAUAAUGAGCGACGAUAAAAAUCGGUUGAGGCUUGAACUGAAUCGCAAUACAUUUUUUGAACAGCAGGGGCCGCUAUUUUCACUGCAAACCUAAACGUGGAUGCUGAUAUUUCUUUAAUGCAAAAAAAUCCAAGAAAAGCACAGACAGUAUUAGUUUGUUUAUAUUAAAGAGACUUUUUCUAUUAUUAAUUUGUUAUAAAAUUGCAGUUUAGUUUUGUUAUUUGAAAUAAAACAUUAUUUUAUCAUACAAAGAAACGUGAAGCAUUUAAGAAAUAAUGCAAGGGACGUUGUUCAUUUCUAAUUGGUUUCAACUCAUUUUUUCAAAAUAAAUCGUGAGUAAAUCGUGAAUAAAUCGCAUCGUGAGAUCAGAAUCGUGAAUCGCAUCGCAUCGUGAGCUGAGUGAAUCGUUACAUCCCUACAAGGGAGUGCAGCAUAUGUACUGUAAAAAUUCAGAAUAUGAUAAAGAACAAACAAAAAAAUCAUAAUGCUCAGCUUCAUGUUCUUUAUACACAAUUUAUUACACGGAUGGUCGGAAUGCUUGAUUCUGAUUGGCCAGCCGGCUGUUAUCGCCUCCGCUUCGCAUCAGGUCCUGAUCAGACUGUCAGGGCUUAUUUCUGCGAUAACAACCGGCUGCCUGUACAUUAUCCCUUACGUUAAAGAUUCCUGUGUGUGUGUGUGUGUGUGUGUGUUUUCUGUAUGACUGAAGCACACACACAAUGACUGGUGCUAAUUUCAGGAUUCUGUGGUUUUGUGUUUCUCAUCAAGUGAAACUUGAUUUUCUCAUCUUUGUUUGUGUUAAAAUGCUUAAAGAAGCAUCAAACAACAGCUCAUCACAAUCUACAUGAGAUUUCUUGCUAUAUAAAUCCAUUCAUCUCAUUACACGUUUAGUGAUGAACAGGUAAAAAACAGUCAAACUUCUGUUUAAUCUCAUGAUCGCACAUCACACCAGUGCCAACACAUUUCAGCUUUCCAUGUGCAGUCAAACAGAAGAAGCAUUUCAGUUUCUCUUGUAUUUCUGUUUGAUUUCACUUCAGAUUCAUUUAAACGGAGCAUCAGUAGGAAUCGGAAGCGAGUCUGAUGUUCAGUUACAGAUUCCGUUUGAUUCAUUCCUCGGAGAUUCACUGAAUGAAUGAAUCGGACGAAUUGUGCACUUACAAAACCAUUUGAUACUUUGUAGAUACGAAUAUUUAUUUUGAAGGCAUUCUGACAAUGCAAUAAUACAAUUUCUCUUUUUUUUAAUCAUCAAAUAGCCAAGGUGUUUUAAUAUCCUGUGACUGACCGAAUGGCAUGUUGAGUCUGCUUUGGUUUUUUAUUUACUGUAUGUUUUUACAAACGUGCUGUUCUGCAUUUACAACGAAUAUGAGUUUAUAUUUAUGUUUAUAAGUUUGUUAAAAACACUCUGAUUGGCUAUGAUCGUUUAGACAUGAAAAUCACAAUCUUUACUCUAUUGUGAUUAUACUGUCAUGUGGCUACACAUUUAAAAGAAUAAAUGUCAACAGUAAGAUUUCAAAGGUCAAGAAGGAAAAGGUUUGUGUUUGACUAGCAAUAAGAACUGUUUCUUUGUGUCAAGGACAUCUGAAGUGAUUCACACUGACCAACAUCUCGUCUUGUGUUUGAUUCCAUGUGAACCGAAGUCGCACACGUGUGUUCAUUUGCUAUAAGUUGAUCACAUGACUGCAGGCUGUAGUUAUGAAUGAAUGCAUCUCAUGUAAUGAAAUGGUGAUGACAUCACGCUCUUCUAUUGCAAUCCUUUAGUGAUGUUGUUUUCUUAUUUCAACUGAAUUCUAAUGGCCAUAAAUGUAAAGCUGAAAACAUGAAACUGCAAAAUAGUGGAUGUUUAAAUGUGUGUUUUAUUGUCCUGACCGUCGCUGCGUUCACCAAAGUGCUUGUUUAUGAAUGAAAGUGUAGUUUGACCGUUGUACACAUAAUGUUUGUGUCUGGAUUUCUCAUGAGGAAAGCAGUCUGCUUUGUGUCUGGAUUAGAAUGAUUUUUUGAUAAACCUGUGGAUUGUUACUGGAACUAAACAGAUAAUAUUAGCUACAGAUGCACUAUUUUUUUUUUUUUUUUUACAUUUAUCGAGCAUCGAGAGAACAUAGCACACCUUUUUUUGCCAAUUUAUUUAUGUGUUGCAGCUGAUCGAAUCUUAAAUAAAGGCCUGGAAAUGUGUUUCUGCGUUAUCAUUUCAUCACCGAAAGACCUUCGAGACCCAAGACAAAAUUUCAGUAAAUCACC